ACAACAACAACAACAACAACAAUGAACCUCAAUAAACCAGGUAAACCAGGACAACCAGGUGGACAACCACCUCAACAACCACAAGCUGGUGGAUACCCUACAGCCCCAGCUCCAGGUGGAUACCCUCCACCUCAACAUGGUUAUCCUCCAGCCCCAGGAGGCUAUCCACCACCACAACAUGGAGGCUAUCCACCAGCCCCAGCUCCAGGAGGCUAUCCACCACAACAAGGCGGAUAUCCACCAGCUCCAGCUCCAGGCGGAUACCCACCACAACAGGGAGGCUAUCCUCCACAACAAGGUGGUUAUCCUCCACCACAACAAGGUGGCUAUCCACCUCAGCAUGGAGGCUAUCCACCACCCCAGCAAGGAGGCUAUCCUCCACCUCAACAAGGCGGAUACCCACCUGCACCAUAUCAAGGAGGUGGUUACCCACCUGCACCAGCACCGGGUGGAUACCCACCCGCACCAGCACCUGGAGGCUAUCCUCCCGCCCCAGGAGCACAUGGAGCCGCACCAGCAGGUGGCUCGCGACUUGCACUGGCGCCACCCCCUGGCAGCAGGUUUGUCUCGGCGCCAUUGUCACAGUUGAACAUUCGAGUGAUCUCUGCCAAGAACCUCGUUGCGGCGGAUAUCAAUGGCAAGUCAGACCCUUACGUCAACAUCAAGGUGCCAUCGAGCACCAAGGUGCACAAGACCAAAGUGAUACAGAAGAACUUGAAUCCAACAUGGAACGAAUCAUUCCAGGUGGAGAUAUCUAACUCGCAGUACGACACCGUGGUGAUUGAGGUCUAUGAUAAGGAUGCAGUGGGCUCGGAUGAUCUCAUUGGUUACGUUCCAAUCGACCCAUCUCUUUUGCCAAAGGGCGUGGAGGUGACCACCUGGGAGCGUCUGUCCUACGUGCCACACGGUGAGGUUCAGCUUGCGAUUACGGCCGUCAACUUUGGUUUGGAGGGCUUCCCACCAGCAUACCCUGCUGCCUAUGUCAACUGGAAGGGAUUGGAAAAGUCAAAGAAGUCAGACAAGAAGAAGAAGGAUGCCAAGCAUGGAGGCGGUGGCGGCGCUCAUGGCAAGACCAAAGAGGUCGGACCAUACAACCUCAAAGCAGUUCCACACGGAUAUAGUAUAACCAAUGGUUAUGUAAAGAAGAAUCCAAGUCUAGCGCAGACCACCGCCAAGACUGUCGAGUCUGGUCUAAAGUCAUUCAAGAAGUUUGUAGACAAG